UGACAUUGAACGCUUGUUAACCUAGCCGUCUCUGUCAAAUAUCACGGUCUUCACUCUUCACCCUCAAACCCUCUGCUCUCACGGACUCACUGCCUCACGGCCUCACCAUUCCACACUGCCGACCGCCACCUCUCACGGACUCUCGAUGUCACCGUCACCGCUCACCGCUCACCGCAGCAGGGACUCGUCGCCCUUGAGUCCUCGCCGUCUUCCAAUGCUCGCCGUCUUCGCAUCAGAGCGUCAUCGCGUCUUCGCCGAUCUUCACUGGUCUUCGCCGGUCAUCUGCUCUUUCGUCGGGAACCAAUUACAAGUUACAACCUCAAGAGCUUCGUUGUUCAUUAUUCUUGCCAAGAUGGCAAAAAAUGUAGGUGAAAUAAGCAAGUAUAGCUUAAACUUUAGGCAUGUAAAACAGAAGCAGCAACCAAAAAGGCCUCCCCUUGGAGCACCUUUUGGAUUCAAUGAUGAUGAAGACAAUGAUGUCGAGAGAGAAGUCACUCUCCAAGGUAGCAAGAAAAAGACUCUUAAGGACGUUGAGGAGUAGCAAAAGAAAGCCUUAGAAGAAGAUCCAACUGUAUUUGAUUAUGAUGGAGUCUAUGACAAAAUAAAAGAGAAAUGUAUCCGCCCAUUGAUACAAGAUCGCAAAGAGAGAAAAGUAUGGUUACAAAGAAGGACUUUUUGCUUGAUUUUUAUACAAUCCUUGUUAAAAAUGUUGCAUAUGGUGCACAAGAUCCUCGAGGGAGGAAACAUGAGAAUCGAGCUGAGCAAAGAACUGCAGAGACAUGCGAAAGUGGAAGCCAAGGUAAUCUAUGACAGGGAAAGUGGAAGAUCAAGAUGCUUUGGAUUUGUGACUUACAGCAGCCUUGAAGAGGUCAACAGUGCUAUUGAGUCCUUAGAUGGCGCGGUAAGCAUGCGAAUCUACUCCUAGUAUCCCGUUUGCUAAUCACAAAUAACAAUUUAAUGAGUUUGAACUUGUCCAUUUGUAUAUGUUACAUCAUAUCAUUGUUUGAUUAUUUUGUAUUAGUUAUUUGUUCUUUUGUUCUUGAAAACAUAUGAAAAAGCUAAUAUUUCUGCAUUUUCUUAUUGCGACAUGUAUAUACUUUUUUGUCCGGUUGUUCUAUGGAAUCAUGAGCUUCCCUUGACAUAUGAUUUCCACAAUUAUAUGCUUAAAAGCAUGGAUGAUGAAUUUCGUGACAUUGUUGGUGUUAGUGAAACUGAAGGUCGGUGGAAUUCGUGGACAUGUUCUUUGUGCAGUGGAUAUGCCAAGUCUUAGGUGUUGAUUGUAUUUUUUUUAAUUUUCAAUGUGCAAUGAGGAAUUGAGAUGUGUAAUGUAUAAUGAAUUUUAUAGAAGCAAGAUCAUAUUUGUACAGCCAGAUUGAAACAUCUCUAAAGAAGUGAGUGAAUACGUAUUGUAAUUGAACUUUUUUCUUUGUUAAUUAA